UAUUCCUCAACUUUGGCAGGGAAAUAGUUAGCUCCUUUUUUAGAUUUCCAGUUUCUUCUUCAGACGACCUUUUCGACUUGCAAAUAACAAGAAGUGACUUGUCUUUUCCCCGGCCGCUCAAUGCCGCCGAAAGCUGCGUCGGUGCCGCGGCGCCGCCGCAAAACCAUAAUGACUGCCAGGAAAUCCAUUCCCAAAGUAACCAAAUCCACCGGUUCCCCUAAUCCCUCACCGUCCGAUGCCGCUGACGUCAUCACAACUACAUCCGAUGAAUUGUCUCCCAACUCUACCAAUUCUAAAGGCAUCAGCGAGCAAUCCGUGAUCUCCCAAGUUCCUGAAACAACAAACACGGUUAUGAAUAUUGGGGAAACCACCGAGGAAACCAUGUUGAGCUCGCCGGAGGAUAACAAAGUGGAAAUUGAAGCUGCUGGGGAGCAGAAAGUAGGAGUUGGUAAGAAAAAAGUGGUGAAAAAGACUGUAAGGAUUGUCAAGAAGAUUGUUAAGAGAAAAGUCCCCAAAUCGAAGAACGAGGAAUCAGUCAAAGGCGGGGAAAAUGGUGACAGAGAAGCUGUUUCGGAUUCAUUGGCCACCUCUCCAGGCAUUAUUGAAUCAGAAACUGAAAAUUUAGAGCCUACUACUGCUGCUACAGUUGGUGAGGUUGGCGACCCAAAAAAAGGCGAUCUUUAUCCAGUAGAAGCUGAGAAAGGUACUAUCGUUGCGGCUGAAGAUAUCUUAGGAAACGAUGGAAUGAAGGAUUGUGACGUUAGUGUAUCUAAACAUGAAUUAGAGCUUCCCAUUUCGGAUGCAAAGGAUAAUAUAGGUUCUCUUGAGACAGGAAACGUAGUUCUUAAUUCAGAAAAAGGUAACCUUCGUCCAGUUAAAAAGAUUGUCAAGAAGAUUGUCAAGAAGAAAGUCCCCAAACUUAAAUCUUCGGUCAAAAGUGGGGACGCAGAAACUGUUUUGGAUUCAGUAGCUAAGUGUAGUCCUCCAGAAACUGAAAAUCUAGAGUCUUGUAAGGCUGUUUCAGCUGAAGCUGAGCAGUCAAUGAAAUACAAUCUACAUCCUAUGGAAGUUGAGAAAGCUACUAAUGUGAGUGCAACCCAAAAUACAUUAGAGCCUCCAGUUUUGGAAUGUAAAGACACUGCUUUUGUUGAGACUGCUGAUACUGUUUCUCAAGCUGCACUUCUUGAUUCAGAAACAGGUAAUCUUAAUGUUUCUACUAGUGAUAAUUUGGACUCAUGUAAGGAUCAAAAUUUGGAAGAAAACAGUCAGAGCAGGGAUAAAACAAUGGAAGCUGCAGAUACUAGUCUGAGGUUGAACCAAGGAAUAGUAAUGAGUGGGGAAUUGGAGGCAUUAGAGCGGAAGAAGAGGCGGAGGACAGAGAUUUUCAUUGGAGGAUUAGACAAGGAGACAAAGGAGGGUGAUAUUAGGAGAAUCUUUGAGGAAGUUGGUGAGGUUGUGGAUGUAAUAGUGGUGACAAAUCGUGAAACAGGGAAGAACAAGGGGUUUGCGUUCGUGCGGUUUGCUUCCGCGGCUGAUGCGAAGAAGGCUGUAGAAAGAUAUUCCAAAGUUGAGAUAUCUGGAAAGCAAUGUGGUGUAUCCCUUGUUGAGGGUAAUGACACAAUAUACCUAGGCAAUAUUGACAGGAAAUGGAAGACUGAAGACGUAAUUGAUCUACUGAAGAAGGCUGGAAUUGAAAAUAUCGAUAAGGUUACAGUUAUGGCUAAUCCUAAUAACAUUGAGCAGAAUCGAGGGUUUGCAUUUGUUGAACUUGAAACAAAUAAAGAAGCUAAGAUUGCUUUCAAUAAGCUCCAGAAGAAGGAUGUUUUUGGGAAACACAUGAAUGUAAAAGUUGCAUGGGCGCAGCCUUUAGUUGAGCCAAAUGAAGAAGAAAUGCUAAAGGUUAAAUCAGUUUAUGCUGAAUAUUUACCUUCCACAUGGAAUGAAGAGAAAGUGCGGGACUACUUUGGCAAAUUUGGUGAAAUUGAGAGUGUUGUUCUUGCAAAAGAUCUUGCUUCCUCAAGAAGAAAAGAUUUUGCCUUCGUCAAUUAUAUAAGCCGUGAGUCUGCUCUAGCGUGCAUUGAGACAUUCAGUCACGAACCAUUCAACGUAAACUUGAAGGUAUCUCUUGCAAAACCCGUCCCUAAGAGCAAGCAAACUAAACGUGCAACUGUUCCUACUAAAAGGAAACCUCGUGAGGAGAAGAAAAUACAGGACCCAUCUAUCUCGAAGAGGAAUGAACCCAGCAAAAAGGUAAAUUACAUGAGAAGAUAUACUGAGGAUCAUAGAGUCGAUAGAGGAUCUUCUGCAACCAAUGAACUUCUGCACCUCUUGAGACAACAAGAGCCAGCUGGUCAGAUCCAUUCAGAUUUAAUAUUUUACUUUUCAAUUCUACAAUUUUUUCUUUUCCUCACGUCAUUAGACAUAAUUGGUUGACUUAGCUUUCCAUUUCAAAUGUUCUGCUUGUGUAAUGUACUUGUUUUUCUAUAAUAUCCUCCCAAAACUCAUUGGCAUUUUGAUAAUUAAGUAGAUAGUUACUUAGAGUAGAAUGGCGUGUUAGGGUAACACAAUGCCUAUGUGAAUAGAACUUAAUGCAGAUGCACUAUGUGUUGUUUAUUCCGUUUUAUUCAACUCCUUGUGUUUAAUAUGGUUCGAAGGGCAUGAAAUCCGGAAUGUCAUCUGCAAGGGACCAUGUUAUACCUUAGUGCCAAGACAUCUAAUGAACCAGGCGUUGCUCCUAAAUAGAGGCCCCUAGGGAAAUAGCAUAACUUUUUUUGUCUCUGCUGGAAUUUGAGCACUGAUCUCUCAUGGUUUCACUCGCUUACCAUUAGGCUACACCCUUGGGUGUUAAAAGGAAGACUUUGGAGCCCUGUUUUUAUUUUCAAAGAAAACAUUAAAGCAAGCAAGAAAGAAAGCAGGAUGUUGGAAGUACCAUCUAGUGCCUAGUAGAGGGACAUAGGCAUAUGAAUCCAUGUUUGUGAGAGGUAUAAGUGCUACAGAUGCACGGGACAAGAUUGGUGCCUUGUCAGGCUUUAGGGAUGGUCUGCAGAGAUUUUA